AUGGUUGCAUCGAAUUCUAUUAAGGAUCUGUUCAACAUGCAGGCGACGUGUAAGGUUUUCCUCGGUGCGGCGAGAUCAGACACUAUAUACAAGCAUGCGACGAUGUCUUAUAAAUCGUUAGCGCGCUUUUUACUUAACCUCGACGGGCCUGAAAGGAGAUUCCUUGAUUGCUGCGUGGAAGUAGGAAAUGUGGAUGCUAUAGUCCGACAUGGGUUCGCGGAAUAUCUCCAGUUUGGCCGCCAUGACAACGUCAUGGAACUGCUUGCUAGGGCCUCAAUGGAGGGCAGCGUCGAAGCAGGUUACCUGUCUUCCAUGUUGCUAAUGUUUGAUCACGAAGACGUGCAAAGGGGUGUUCAAAUGAUGGAGGUUUUUCGUAUUUUUGGGCAGCUCGAGAGCUACACCAAUUUCUUGACGGACGUUUGCAAAGAUACCACGGUGAUCUUAAAAGAAUUGUUUGCACGCAUCUGA